UCGUGACGCAGCAGCCAGUCCGGAAGUCCACGUCAGUCCACCGGGGACCACCGGGACUCACCGGGACUCAGACAGCCGGACCUGCCUUCACCCGGGCUCCCAUUUCGGAUUCAGAAUGGCGGACGAGGCCACGCGCAGGGCCGUUUCCCAGAUCCCGAUGCUGCGGACGGAUGCGGGGCCGCGGGACGGCGCGCUGUGGCCGCAGCGGCUGAAGGAGGAGUACCAGGCCCUGAUCCGGUCCGUGGAGAACAACAAGGCCGCGGACAACGACUGGUUCCGCCUGCAGUCUAACGCGGACGGCACGAGAUGGACCGGGACCUGCUGGUUCGUGCACGAGCUGCUCCGCUACGAGUUCGGCCUGGAGUUCGACGUCCCGGUGACGUACCCGGACACCGCGCCCGAGGUCGCGAUCCCGGAACUGGACGGGAAAACGGCCAAGAUGUACCGGGGAGGGAGGAUCUGCCUGACGGAGCACUUCGCGCCGCUCUGGGCGCGCAACGCGCCGAAGUUCGGGCUCGCGCACCUCAUGGCGCUCGGGCUCGCGCCCUGGCUGGCAGUGGAGAUCCCGGACCUGAUCAGUAAAGGGCUCGUGGUCCACAAGGAGCGCAGCCGCGAGGAGGCCGCGAGCCCCGAGUGACGUCACUCAGGUGGAACCGAGUGUCACGUGCAGAUGUCCUGAUGUGUGUCAUGUUGUACAUGUAUAAAGAAAACAACAACAAAGCCACGUGUCCCGUUUCCUCGUUUAUUCCAAACUUCACACUCAGUUUUAAUACACCUGGAUAAGCUCCGCCCACUCCGCUGGAGGCCACACCCCGUUCUCCUUCACGUUGCUGGGCGAGGACUUCCAGUCCCAGGUUCUGAUGGGAACGUUCCAGGUGGCGCCGUAGUUCGCCUUCACGUAAUCCAGCGUCUGGCACGGGACUCGAACCUUCAGCUCCAGAAGCUCCGCCCAGCACAGCGAGAAGCGCGGGAAGACGUACCUGCAAGAGCCGCAGCGUUAGCGCCGCCGGGCCAGACCCAGACCCAAACACCUGCAGCGUCAAGGUUCUGUUUCUCCAGGGAACCGCCGGGACCCGGUCCUCCUUCAGUCUUCAUCCCCUCACCGAUUCAUCCCUUCAUUCUGGAUUCACUGCAGACUCUGCUCUGGCAGAGAGACGCUGGGGGAGGACUGGGUGUGUCAGCGAGGGGAGAGGAAGAGGCUGAGUGAGGAUGAGGAGGGUCUCCUGGCUCCGCCCUGCAGAUGUUCACCAGCUGGCUCCUCGGCUCCUCUCACUGAUUGGACAGAAGUCUGCUGUCCAGCCCGGAGGCCUCAGGACGUCUGCAGACCAGCUGGAGAGACGUUUUCGCUCCACUUCAGUCUUUCUUGUAUCGAACACAACAAGCAGCAUCAGAACAGCUGACGAACAGAAAGCGUCCACUGAAACGUCCAACACGGCCCGGCGGAACCAAACUAACAACCAGCCGUCCUCAAGUCAAGCUCCUAAAAAUAAAGGAGUGACCCCCACAUUCCACAGCGUCCGCUUUGCUCCGCCCCAUUGGCUCCAACCCCGCCGCGUGCGCUCCGCUGCGUCUCGGUUCCGCCGGCCGGAGAAGCUGAGCAGCCGUGCGCUGCUGACCUCCGACCUCCAGAAGCAGAGCAGCCGUGCGCUGCCGACCUCCAGAAGCAGAGCAGCCGUGCGCUGCUGACCUCCGACCUCCAGAAGCAGAGCAGCCGUGCGCUGCUGACCUC